AUGGAUCAGUCAUCGAUUUACAUGUUGACGCGUUAUCAGCGGCCAGGCUACGACACUCUGCAUAACAACAGCAUGGUGUUAGAUUCUGCUUCAGUGAUAAAUACAGCUAGUGCUUCACUCUUGGAUGGAAUGACACUCAAUGGAGUAAGUCAACGAAACGGGAUACGAAACUCUCAAAAUCGUACGCUGGAUUUGGUUUUCUCGGAUGAUUCUAUUUUGAUUAGCCCCAUAAUCGAAGUCAGCAAUGUCGUUGUCCCUAUAGACGGGUACCACCCUCCGUUGGAGUUCGAAAUUUCAUUCCCGUGUCCCAUCGAUUUUGUUGAGAAUUUCGAUGCAUCAGCUCGUGACUUCAAUCGUGCGGAUUUUGAUACCAUGAACCGUAUUCUGUCUGGAGUUGACUGGUCUGAUCUUCAAAGUUGUACUGACGUAAAUGUGGCUGUUGAUACAUUGAGAACAAUUCUGGAUGACGCUUUUGAGAAUACCGUUCCCCUGGUGCGACCUCCUCUCCGACCCCCUUGGACUAAUGCUCACUUGAAGCGGCUGAAAAAGAUACGUUCAAAAUUGCUGCGGAAGUUUAGUAACUCCAGAUGUCCAUUCGUCAAAAGCAAGUUGAACGCUGCGACUAAGAAAUACCGAAUAUACAAUCGAAUUUGCUAUCGCCGUUAUGUGGAUCGCACUCAGAGUGAGCUUCGUCGUAAUCCAAAAAAGUUCUGGAAAUUUGUGAACUCCAAACGGAAGGAGUCCGGGCUUCCAGCUACACUCCAAUUGAACAACCGUAUUGCCAAGUCACCUGCUGAAAAAUGCUAUCUUUUUGCGACUCACUUCGCUAGUGUUUUUUCAGAUAAGUCGCCAUCUGCCAGUCAAUCGAAUGCUGCCGUAACCCGACUACCUGUCGAUGUGCUCGAUCUGGAUGUUUUUGCUGUUAGCGAGGAAAUGGUUUCAGAAGCUAUCAUUAAUUUGAAAAAUUCGACUUCAGCCGGACAGGACGGAAUACCGGCAGGUGUCACAUCGCUAGCUGCCUGCUCGAAGGUAUUUGAGAAGAUCGUCAACAAUGUCAUGUUUUCAGCUUGCCGGAACUGGAUCUCUGAGAACCAGCAUGGAUUUGUUCCUAAACGCUCGGUAACUUCAAACCUGAUGGUUUUCACAUCCUUCUGCAUAUCAAAUAUGGAUGACGGCAAACAAAUCGAUGCGAUAUAUACCGAUAUUUCGGCGGCAUUUGAUUCUGUAAACCACGAUAUUCUGCUGAAAAAAUUGCAUCGAUUGGGGUUUUCCGAACGAAUGUGCGCGUGGAUUAGAAGCUACCUAACGGAUCGUCGAUUGGCUGUUAAAAUUGGUUCUGCUGAAUCCUCUGACUUUAUUCCAAAGUCCGGGGUACCCCAAGGCAGCAAUUUGGGUCCUUUACUGUUUACGCUGUUCUGUAAUGACAUCAAUUUGUUGCUCACUGGGUGUGGAGUUUUGCUGUAUGCGGAUGACUUAAAAAUAUUCCUAGUCAUAAACAGCCAAUCUGACUGCCUCGAGUUGCAACGCUUCUUAGACACAGUUGUGAACUGGUGCGCUAACAAUUUACUUGUCUUGAGUGUUGCGAAAUGCUGUAUUAUCACAUUUGGGCGCAGGAAAAAUCCCUUUGUGUAUGAUUACAAUGUUAUGGGCGAGCAGUUGCAUCGUGUUGAGGAGAUUAAGGAUCUUGGCGUUUUGUUGGACAGUCGAAUGACUUUUAAGCGGCAUUACUCUAAGGUACUCGAGAAGGCUAACCGUAUGCUGGGAUUUAUCAUACGUCUGAGCAAAGAAUUCACAGAUCCGGUCUGCUUGCGAGCUCUGUAUUGCUGUCUGGUGCGAUCAAUACUGGAAUCCGCGAAUCUUGUAUGGUGGCCUUUUGAAGCCGCAUGGACAGCACGUUUUGAAGCAAUUCAACGUCGGUUCGUACGUUACGCUUUUCGAGAGCUACCUUGGGAGAAUCCUUUGAAUUUACCGCCAUACGCACAACGUUGUGCCCUGCUUGGACUUCAUACGCUGUCGGAUCGUCGUUCCAUCGGUCAAUCGCUGUUCGUGGCAAAAAUUCUUCGGAACGAAAUUGAUUGCUCCUGGCUACUUUCUCGCUGUAAUAUUUAUGCGCCAGAACGAACUCUACGAAAUAGAAACUGGUUAUCCCUGGAACCGAGAAGAAUCGAACUCAAGUCUACUGAUUCCCUCUCCGACACCUUACCAAUAGGCCCAAUCGAGUUCAAUUCGCUGCUAGAUUAUACGGCAGAUGGUGCUUAUCUUGCCCUGAUUAAUAGUGCUCUAUUCGCCCCAGGUUAA